AGAAAAAGAAGAAGAAGAAGCUGCUACACAGCGCUGGUGGAGUGUGGUGGCACGAGCUGGAACGUUCACAUAAGAAAUUAUGGCGGAUUACAAGCACAACAGAAAAGGGUGCACCGAAGACGGAGGGCCGCAGGAGGAGGGGGACAGAGUGAAAACUAAGCCUGUCUCUUGUAGCACUGUGGGAGGAGAAGGGACCACCGUCAAACGCACAUCUGAGCAUUUCACACCUGAAGAUGAGGACGAUUCCUCAGAGGACCCUCCGGCUCCCAGCAAAGUCUCCAAGAUAGGUUUUAGCAUGAGCAGUCAGAUGGGGAAGAAGUCCAACCCCAUAUCCAUCAAACUUGGAGCAACAAAACCCAAAGAACCUGCACCGUCAGUUCCUCCAAAGAAGUCCGGGCUGGCAUCUGUGUUUAACGAAGAUGAAGAUGAUAGUGAACCUGAGGAGAUGCCCCCGGAAGCAAAGAUGAGGAUGAAAAACAUUGGCAGAGAGACACCAACAUCUGCGGGACCUAACUCCUUCAACAAGGGAAAGCAGGGUUUCUCUGACCAUCAAAAGCUUUGGGAGAGGAAGAUGAAGUCCCAAUCUGACAAGUUGUAAAUGAGUACCACAGUAUUGUGACUAAUGGAGGAUUUUGUGUCGUUUAAACCAUGUCAGAGAUAUUUGCAAAGGCUCAAACGAUUCUUCACUGUACCCUCUGUUUUUGACAACUUCUCAGCGAUGUGGACGUGCAAUGAGAAAUACUUUUAGCCUUUGUUAAUCGGUGACUGAACUGAAGUUUACGUUUCUAACCACUACUGGCUGACGCUACAUAAGGGGAGAGGUACCAGUGUGUCAACCCUCUUAGAUGAGCGGGGCAUACUGGGGGGAUGGAGAUAUGGAACAAAGCGAAUAGCCCAAAUAUUGUUUAAACUGUGUAGAAUUAUACGAUUGUUUUCGGCUGGACAAAGGAAAACUAAAUCCUUUUCCCCUUUUGUGACUUGCUUGUUCCUAUCUGCAGCCAGUUGGGCGUCGUCCUGAGCAAGUGUCGCUUAUCCAAUAUUUGUAUAAAAACGUACAUAGAACUGUGAUGUUUUCAUUUUAAAUGCACAAAUGGGAAUGUGUAUUUAAGCGUUGUGUUAGACUCAACAUACAGAUGGAUUUUUUUGUGUUUCAUUUAGUUUCACACUAUCAAUGUUCAGCCCUUUUUUGUUUUCACCAGCUGUGCCCCCUCCUGGGCAGUUUGUUUUGUGCCGGUAUCUCUGGUUUUGCUUGCUCAAUACUGUAAGUUUGCUUUACAGAAUCUGUAAUUUGUUUUACGAUGAAAUGACUGGUGAUGUUUCUUUAGUUAACUGUGGAGAUACGUGGUUACAAGGGUGCUGGCAACAUAUUGAGGGACAGUUCACCCCAAAAUACAAUGAAGUAUAUAUUCUUUCCUUGACAUGUAGUGCUAGUAAUCAAUCUAGGUUGUUUUGGUGAACCUAGUUUAGGAGAAAGUUCCUGCAGAAUUGUCUGUCUGCUCUCUAAUGUAACAUGACAAUGCAGCACUUCCUUUUGGUGGUCAAAGUGGCAGCAUUUUUUGAAAAAACUCAACAGCAAUGUGUUUUUUCUGGACUCAUAGACGAGGUUCAUGUGGGAACUAUUUUAUAGGAAGAAAAUAGUUCCUACAUGAACUGCUCACAAGGCUUGUGGACUAUCCUGAGUAACCAGGUCAGGAUUUCAGAAAAGAUACAUUGCUGUUCAGUUUUUUUGGCACCCAUGAGCAUCACCAGCAGAGUGCCAUAUAGUUAUUUCUUGAGAUGGGAGACCUCCCUACCGCUGAUAUACUCUCGCUUAAACAAGAUAGAUAAAAAGCACUACAGGUAAAACACGACUCUUUGGGGGUUAGAUGUCCAUUUAAAUUGUGUUGGGUAGCAGCAAUAAUUUGCAGCUCACCAAUAAUUUGUCUUCAUUGCCACUUUAACAUCAGAAAGCCAAAAUAUUUGAAAUAUUAUGCCAGUCCUUACAGUUGCGAUACACGUUGUUUCUCCUGUGCCUAACCGUUAAAAAUUCCCGUAAUCAAAAUUAGGAACUCCUCCAUGGCUUAUUUGACUGAUGUGCUUUUACAAAGGAACUACACUCACUUCUAGGACCUGUUUGAUCAAACAACUCUCCAUUAUACGGCAGUCAAAUAAAAAUGAAAACAUGUAAAAAUGUUGAA